UUUUUUUUUUUUUUUUUUUUUGUUCAUAAAUGAGUUAUUCAUGCUUUCAUUGUAAAGAAGAAUGUGUUCGAGGUGAUCCACGUCUGAUUCGAGCCGUUGGUAGAUUGUACCAUAAAGAAUGCUUUCAAUGUGAUUGUUGUGGAGUAUCUGUUUUAGAUAAAUUCUAUUUACUAGAUGAUCAACUGAUAUUAUGUGAAUUACAUUACAAGACUCAACAAAAGGUCAUGACAACAAAAUGUCCUGGAUGUACAAUGACUUCUUAUCAUCACCAUAGAGAAAAGAAAUAUUUUGAAUACAAUGGGAAACCUUAUUGUCAAUAUCAUUAUUCACUUAUUAAAGGGGUUGAUUGUAUUGGAUGUGGACAAGCUAUAUUUGAAUCAUCACAAGAAAGAUGGCAUACUGAAUGUUAUUUGAUCUAUAAACAUUGGCAGAUUACACUUGGACGUGAAGAUAUGAAAGAUUAUUAUAAUGAUAAACAUCAAUUCUUGUCUGUUCAAAAUGAAUAUGAACAAAAGAGAUUUAAAAUAUGGGAUACACUAAGUCAAUUUGAAAAUGAAUCAUCCCUCAUCAUCAAAGAUAUCUUGUCAGCAAAGAAUGUGGCUACCUGUCAACAGCUUGUACAACAAAUCACAAUUCUCUUUCAAGUCUUUGAUUUACUCUAUCUCAAGUCAGAAAAAUAUGAUUUAGCAUUUCAUUUUCAAAAGUCAAUACAGUUAUUACUAGAUCAAGUCAUCUCCUUUUUUCAUGUCGUCUGUCAUACCAAAAAUAAUAAUACCCAAAGCAACAAUGAGCAAGAAUUUAUCUCAAGAAUGGGAAAAUUGAUACUUUAUUACCUUAGAGAUCUUGUUAGGACUAGUCUUGAAAGAGGAUUAUUACUGGAACAAAAAGAAAAGCAGGUGAUCGAACAGGUGUUGGAUUCUUUUUACUUAAAACAGCCAUUCAUUACAUAUUCGCUUGAUUAUUUAAACCAGUCCAUCCGAUCACUAAACGAAGGCCUAAUGUCUGAUAAUUACAAACCUUUUCUUUCAAAGAUGAUGACCAGUUCAAGUGUACCCAAUGUUCAACUACAACAACAACAACAACAACAAACAAGCAUCAGCAGGAUGGAAUCGAUCAAGAGAGCCUUAACGACAAGCAAAAAACCAACAAGACCUACCAUUCAGAAAGCAUACAGUGUACAUAAUCCUUUACACAUUUCAUUAACGGAUCUUAGUUCAACUCCAAUGAUGACUUCACCUCCACCUUCUCCCAUGUCAGCUGUACAUUAUCAUCAACACAUCUGGACAAUACCUCAUCAACUGCCUGAAUUAAAUCAGAUACAGGAUUCGAUCCUAAGGCACACGGCUGUAUUGUUUAUGGAAUCUUUUAUAGAGCACGACAUAUUACAAGACUGCUAUCUCGUAACCAAAAAAUCACCUUCAUCCCUUUGGAAUAAACUCAAGCAGCAUAUAUCAAAUGGUGAUAUUGAUCAUCCUAUAACCAAACAUAUCAUCGGUACCUCACUCUCAAAUCUAAAUUAUGAUCAUCCUUGUUCACAUCAAGUCCAGGUAUCUUUGAUGACCUCAUGCUUUUCAAAUAGAGCACAGAUACCCAACUUCUUGAAGGAUUGUAUAUUAUCCAUCACCCAAAAGGAUAUUCGUACAGAAGGAAUAUUCAGGAAGAACGGAAACAUACGUACGUUAAAAGAAAUGUGUGAUACAAUCGAUACCCAACCGGAUAAACAAGAUUGGCUAGACUUUUUCAACCAACACCAUAUCAUUCAAUUAGCAGCAUUCAUAAAAAAGUUUUUAAGGGAACUUCCCGAGCCAUUAUUAACCUUCAAGUUGUACAAACUGUUUAUCCUUGCAAAUUCAAAUAUCCAACAUCGGGAUAACAUCCUGACCUAUACUCUUUGUCUACUUCCAAAGCCAAACCGGGAUACAUUCAUGCUCCUACUUGCCUUGCUCAAUUGGGUUGCAAGCCAUGCAGAUGACAAUAAGAUGGAUAUUGCUAAUUUGGCACGAGUCAUCACACCCAACAUUCUCUAUUCGACAAAUGAUCAACUUGCGCCCAACGAUACCUUGGCUGAGAUUAAUAUCAUUUCUUACAUGAUUGAACAUUAUAAACGAUUUGUAAAGGUGCCAAUGGAUAUAUUGUCUCUCUUGGAGAAUCCCAGGUUGACAGAAUACGUCUUUUCAAAUAAUAUCGACCUAACCUCAACUAAGCAAUUUAACAAGCAUUUUAAUCAACUUUUAAAGAUCAAAAAGGAAAUUAUCUUUAAUGAUUUGACCCGGUUACCCCCUUCCCCUUCUAUAUCUUGUUCAAAAUAA